AUGGUACUGGAAGACAACUCGGGCAUGGCAGAAGUAGACGCCCGCAAAACCAUGUCGAAUUUGACUUUGGGGGACGACAAACCAGCACAAGAAGCCCAGAGAUCGGAAACAGGAGGCAAGAAGGUACAAGCCUCGCAACCUGUGGCAGACAAAUUUACACCUUAUGACCCUGCCUCCGCACCGGCUUUUCCCUCUGGCCUACCGUCCGAAAUCUGGAGCAUUGUACAGUCUGCACCUGCGAAUUUCACGCCGCAGUACUUCCUUGAUGUCAGUCGUAACCUACUGGAGAACCCAAAUCUGACAGCCUCGCACCUCGCACGUGCGGAGCUGUCGUACGCAAGCUUCAACGAUGCUACAUUUAAUCCCAAUGCCACGACAUCUCUGGACCUGGCAGACAUCAUCAAACACCUACGCGCUGAGCACCAUCCGCGUCUCAUCGAGGGCGGUAUAGAUGGCUAUGAUCUUACGUGGACUGUAGUUCGCAAGCUGAUCCCUCGAAACCCAAAACUGGACGAUACGAUGGUGCAGACCUGCCACUUGUUCACCUCGACCGCGCCCAUCACGAUACAAGACCCAACCAGUGGCAAGGAAGAAACCAUCGAAGCAGAGCGAUACCUGGUGAUCUACAUCCCGCACGUCGACAACCCAGACUCCAUCCCCUACUACCACCCGAAAGUCGGCCGUCUUGCCAUCGUGUACACGUACCUUCCGUCUCUCUCGGAAAAGCCGUCCACUACCAUCUCCUCCCCGGGCCACUUGAGCAUCUACUUCGACCUCUUCUCCACCCACCCGCUCGACAACCGGCUCUCGCGCACUGCGCUCAAGAUGCUCGAAAUUAUCCACAAGCACUCACGCGGCCGACAAGCGGGGUACAAGAAGCGCGUGCACCACGACCAGAUCAUCCCGCAGAAGACUUUCCAGGACACAUAUGCCUACCUCAAGGGCAAGUACGCAAAGGGCCUGAUUGAAGCGUGGGUCGAGCAGACGCCGCCGAGCAAACACGUGUUUGAGGAUCUGGGCAUCAGCGCGUUUUUGAUGGAGUUGUGGGUGGACAUGUACGGUGAUGAGAAACUGACGGGGGAGCAGAGGAGAGAGGCUGCGCAGAAGGCGUUUCCCGGGUUUGUGGAUAUUGGGUGUGGGAAUGGUCUGCUUAUCUACAUCCUCAACGAGGAAGGGUGGAGAGGCUGGGGGUUUGAUGCCAGGAAGCGGAAGACGUGGGAUACGUUUCCGGCCGUGUAUGCGCAGAGACUGAAAGAAAUGCUGCUCAUUCCCGCGGUCCUCGGCGCGCAUCGAGCUUCCGUGGAUGAGGCGACAGAGACGCCGUGGCCAGCGAGCCACGACGGAGUCUUCCCCGCCGGGACCUUCAUCGUCUCCAACCACGCCGAUGAACUCACGCCCUGGACCCCCCUGCUCGCCUCCCUCUCCUCAUCCCCCUUCAUCGCCAUCCCGUGCUGCAGCCACGACUUCGGAGGUACGCGCUUCCGCGCACCGGCCAUUAAGAAGUUUGUCCUCGACGACGGCCAGCCGAAGGGGAACAAGGGCGCGCAGCCGAGUGCGUACGCCAGUCUGUGUAGCUGGACGAGCGCGUUGACGGAGAGUAUGGGAUUUGUGGUGGAGAAGGAGCACCUUCGCAUCCCGAGCACCAGGAAUAUUGCCGUGGUGGGAAGGAGGUUUGAGGAUGGAGAUGCUAGCAGGGAUUUAGAAGAGCGAUUGCAGUACGCAAGGACAGUGGUGGAGAAGGAGAUGGGUGGGGAGGUAGGCAUUGAGCAGGUUAGGAUGCAGUGGGUAGCAAGAGGGAGCGGGUUGAUGAAGCCUGGAAAGGGGGGACAUUAG